GGGGCGGGUUCCGCACAGCCGGGCCUUAUAGCCAUUUUAGGAGGAAACCGGGUUCGCUAGCCCCGGGUGUGGCUUCAAUUUCAAUAACUUUAUUGGUGGCCUCAUCUGCAGAACGGCUAGCGCAUCAGUCGCCGGGGAGGAGGGAGCGCAUCUCGCAAGUCGCGCCCUGCGGCAGGUGGACACCGAGUCGAGCUGCAGACAUGGGAAACACCACCAGCGACCGGUUGUCCGGGGAGCGCCACGGCACCAAGGCUGCGCGCGGAGAGGGUGCCGGCGGCCAAGCCCCGGGCAAAGAGCACAAGAUCUUGGUGGGGAGCACUGACGACCCCAAUGUCUUCAGCCUGCCGGACUCCAAGCUACCUGGGGACAAAGAGUUUGUAUCAUGGCAGCAGGAUUUGGAGGACUCGGUAAAGUCCUCACAGCAGGCCCGGCCCACUGUUAUCCGCUGGUCUGAAGGAGGAAAGGAGGUCUUCAUCUCUGGGUCCUUCAACAAUUGGAGCACCAAGAUUCCACUGAUUAAGAGCCAUAACGAUUUUGUUGCCAUCCUGGACCUCCCUGAGGGAGAGCACCAGUAUAAGUUCUUUGUGGAUGGACAGUGGGUUCAUGAUCCAUCAGAGCCUGUGGUUACCAGUCAGCUUGGCACAAUUAACAAUUUGAUCCAUGUCAAGAAAUCUGAUUUUGAGGUGUUUGAUGCUUUAAAACUAGAUUCUAUGGAAAGCUCAGAGACAUCUUGUCGAGACCUUUCCAGCUCGCCUCCAGGGCCUUAUGGUCAAGAAAUGUAUGUAUUUCGAUCAGAGGAGCGAUUCAAGUCCCCACCCAUCCUUCCUCCUCACCUUCUCCAAGUUAUUCUUAACAAGGACACUAAUAUUUCUUGUGACCCAGCCUUGCUCCCUGAGCCCAACCAUGUUAUGCUGAACCAUCUCUAUGCAUUGUCCAUUAAGGACAGUGUGAUGGUCCUUAGUGCAACUCAUCGCUACAAAAAGAAGUAUGUCACUACUCUGCUGUACAAGCCCAUCUGAUGGAAUCCCUUCCUGCUUCCUAGGAUUCAGGAGAAGCAUCUCCUUUGCCUUUCUGGACUGAAUCAGUGUUAUCUGAGACUGGAAGGCUGAUUUGCUUUGAGGCUAAUAAGAGUGUCUCAGAGCCUCUGAGUAGGAUGUUCUGCUUUUGCACUUGAUUGCAGAUGAGAGCUUUAUGAGUUCAUGGAAUUUAUUUUAAGAAAUACAUACAUAUAUGAGGGUAAGGUUAUUGGAAGCCUCCUGGCUCCAGCUACAUUGUAUUCUGUCUGCCUAUCGGUAUACUCACCAAGACCUGUUCAAACAGGGAGCUGCAGGAAAAACCAUACAGUUUGGAAGCUGUUUUGAUAGAAAUGAAUGAAUAGCAAACUCUCAGGAUCCUUGUUGGGUGGAGAGUCUAUCCUUCCUACCUUGGGUCUUCAAGGAAUGGACUAGUGCCAGACUGCUGCCCUACUCACAGCUGCCUCGUUGCAGGGGCAGCUUUCCUUGCUUGUGUUCUCUUGCAGAGCAUGUGGCACAAUCUGUGUUUUUAUAUACAUCAGAUGCCCCACAAAGAACCCUUUUUCCUCUCAUUUUGCAUUGUUGCUUUGAUAGCCUCCUUCACCCCAUACCUGAUCCUUUCUAACACAAAAGUCACUGGAUAAGUGACCCCUUUGAAAGCUCCUCAGAGGCUAGGGUUGCCAAAAGGUCUACUUUUUAACCCAGGAUGUGUCCAGUCCAAUUUAUUAAUGCUUAUUUUAACUUCUAAGGAAACUAUAUCUCUGUAUUUCGGGAAAGACAGAAUGCAAAAGAUUGACUUUCCUGCUUUACUCUGGUGCCACAGCUUACUGUGUUGACACCUUCCUGUUGGUUUUCUCGCCUGGCCUGGCCCUGCUUCCACCUUUUCUUUCUCAGAGCAGACAGCUCUCAAGUAAAGUGGGAGUGGAACCAGGGGAAACUUUCAUGUCUUUCAUCCUUGGAAGAUUGUUAUGUGCCUACAUUUUCUUUAAUUAAAAAAAAAAUGCCUUUUCAUUGGUCUUAAGAGACUAUAUAGGAAAUUUAAGCUCUUGAUAAAUGGUUUCUAAGACUUUCUUCUCUAGUCUAGCCUUCUGCAAUGUUACAUGAGUUUGGCAGACCCCAUACACAUCAGUAUACUAAGUGCUGCUCUAGGUACAAGUUCAUUCCGUUCAUUUGAUGCACCCAAAGGGUUCCCACAGCUUAAAGAUUCACUAGGCCAAAAAGCAAGAAAGUAACCCUGGUGUUCACAGCCAUGAAAAGUAUGGCUCUUUGCACUGAUGUCUAACAGUAUCAUUUUGUUUUUCUGCCUCCUCCUUUCAAAAGUGUUUGAUGAAGUGGGUCACUGAUUUCCUUUUGUGGACUGAAAAAAGGUUCACAUAUAAAACAUUUUUUCCAAGUAUGUGUGACUCUUCCAUUUUACAGAUAAAUACAUGUUAAAAACAUUCAGCACUGAAGGAGACCAUGCUGACUGAGAGGCUCCCUGACUCCUAAAAUGAGCCCAGCCACAGGGCAAGGGCAGCUGCAGGUCAGUUUAGCUACCUCCUGUUGUUCCCAUGCAAAGGUGGCAGCACAGUUUCCCUUAGGGAUAGGUAGACUUCUUGUACUCCAGGUGUGAGGCAGUAAGGUGUGGAGUUGUUUUCCUGGGAAUGCAUUGUUAAGUGCUUUGGUUGUUAAUUGCUGAGACUAAAGACUGCUUUAGCCAUCCUAGGCUUUCUUCUGCAGUAAAAGGCUUUUUGAAUGGUGUGCCAUUUUAAAAAUCCAGAUCAAAUACCAUUAUAACUGAUUCUCAGGAUCUACAGUCUUCAGUUGUACUAGAAUUUUGUUUUUAUCUAAUAUCCAUUAAAUAAGUGGGCAGUUCAUGAAGACUCAAAUCUUUGUUGUUCUAUGGAGGAUUUUGUUGAAGUCAUUUCUUUGCACCUGGAUUCAAAUGUAAUUGUCGAUGUGUUCAUGUAUUAAAAUUUUUACUCCA